CUUUCUCGCCCAAAGGAGGAGGAGCUGGUGGUGCCCCUUGUGCCGCAGCCAGACCCCAUGAGAAGCCGCGCUUGAGACCCUCCGGUGGCUGAUCUGGUGGCGGCAGAAAUGAACGAAAGCGUUGCCUUGAACGAAAGCAGGGCCCCUGCACCCUGGAUUCAAAGCAGCCAUGGCAAUUCUUCUCUGGAGCUUUCCUCCAGGCUCCCCAUCUUUCUCAUCAACCCUUGGGAUAUUAUGCUCUGCAUCUCUGGGACCAUCAUUGCCUGUGAAAAUGCCAUCGUUGUGGCCAUUAUAUUCUACACACCAAACCUGAGGACCCCAAUGUUUGUGCUGAUUGGGAGCUUGGCCACCGCAGACUUACUGGCUGGAGUGGGACUAAUCCUCAAUUUUGUUUUCCAGUAUGUGAUCCAGUCAGAAACCAUCAGCCUUAUUACCGUCGGCUUCCUAGUUGCCUCUUUCACAGCCUCUGUGAGUAGCUUGUUAGCUAUCACAGUCGAUCGGUACCUUUCCUUAUACAAUGCACUGACUUACUACUCUGAGAGGACUGUUCUCUGCAUUCAUAUGAUGCUGAUAAUCACUUGGGGGGUUUCCCUAUGCUUAGGAUUGCUGCCUGUCUUAGGCUGGAACUGUCUGGAAGAUUAUUCAUCAUGCAGUAUUGUCAGACCUUUGACCAAAAGUAACGUGACUUUGCUGUCCGCCUCCUUCUUUUUCAUCUUCAUCCUCAUGCUCCACCUGUACAUUAAAAUCUGCAAAAUUGUUUGCAGGCAUGCACACCAGAUAGCACUCCAGCAGCAUUUCCUGACUGCUUCUCACUAUGUAGCGACCAAAAAGGGAGUUUCUACUCUUGCUAUUAUCCUUGGGACCUUUGGAGCCAGUUGGUUACCUUUUGCCAUCUACUGUGUAGUUGGAGACUCUCAGUAUCCGGCUGUGUACACUUAUGCCACACUUCUACCUGCCACCUACAACUCCAUGAUCAAUCCUAUCAUUUAUGCCUACAGGAACCAAGAAAUCCAGCGGUCCAUGUGGGUUCUCUUUUGCGGCUGCUUUCAGGCUAAAGUGGCCUUUCGUUCAAGAUCUCCCAGCGAUGUCUGAGUGACUUCAUUCUCUGUGUAUUUUUGCAAAAAGUGACAAUCUCCAACUUUUUGUGAAUUACAGUGCCUGGUAUGAACCAGAUCCAUGUUGUGAAAUUGUUUUGUGGGGGAAUGUUUAAACUGUAGCACUUUAUAUGUAUGUGUAUUCUUGAGAAAGUGAAAGGUAUGGAGCUUUUGGUUGUGUGAACUUAAGCAUAACAAACAAAACCAAAACCAAUAUGGUUGUCCACAAGACUGUGCAUCACAUUUGUCAAGUGGAGGCAUUCCAAGACUACAUAAUUAUAGCACUUUAUUUUUAGCUGCUGAGCUGCCAAACCAGUAUUGCCAUUUUUUAAAAGGACAGAAAGAGAGUGAAAGGAAGUGAAAUGUCUGGUUACUUUGGGAUGCGAGUGAUAAUAUAUU